AUGAGUGAGCUUGUGUUAAUUUCAUUACGUUAUUUAGGACCACGAGGGUUACCAGGCCUUCCCGGUUCACCUGGACCUACUGGUCCCCAGGGUGCUCCUGGUAGAAGAGGAAGAAAGGGAACUACGGGUCCCCCUGGACCCCAGGGAAAACGAGGUAGCAGAGGAUUACCAGGACCCCCCGGACCUGCAGGCCCGUCUGGUAAAUCAAUACAACGUGAAGCAAGUCCUAGUAGUGGACGUCAGUUAGGACCACGAGGGCUACCAGGCCUUCCCGGUUCACCUGGACCUACUGGUCCCCAGGGUCCUCCUGGUAAAAGAGGAGGAAGGGAACUACGGGUCUUCCUGGACCCCAGGGAAAACGAGGCAGCAGAGGGUUACCAGGACCUCCCGGACCUGCAGGCCCGUCUGGUAAAUCAAUACAACGUGGAGCAAUUCCUAGUAAUGGACGUCAGUUAG